AUGGCAUCCACCACUCUAUCCCCUACAACCCCUUCUCAGCUAUGCUCCGGAAAGAGUGGGAUUUUCUGCCCCUCACAGGCACUUCUUGUGAAACCAAUGAAGAGGCAGAUGAUGGGGAAGAACAAGGGAAUGAGAAUUGCUUGCCAGGCCACCAGCAUUUCUGCUGAUAGAGUCCCUGACAUGGGCAAAAGAAAGUUAAUGAAUCUGCUUCUUCUUGGAACUAUUGCACUCCCUUCUGCUGGAAUGCUUUAUCCCUACACCUUCUUCUUCGUUCCUCCAGGUUCAGGUUCUUCAACUAGCGGUACUGUUGCCAAGGAUGCCGUUGGAAAUGAUGUAAUUGCAGAGAAUUGGCUCAAGACACAUGGACCUGGUGACCGAACACUUACACAGGGAUUGAAGGGAGAUCCUACCUAUCUUGUGGUGGAGAAAGACAGAACCCUUGCAACAUAUGCAAUUAACGCCGUGUGCACUCAUCUCGGAUGUGUCGUGCCAUGGAAUACAGCUGAGAAAAAGUUCAUUUGUCCUUGUCAUGGAUCUCAGUACAAUGACCAAGGAAGAGUUGUGAGAGGACCUGCUCCCUUGUCUCUGGCAUUAGCACAUUGUGAUAUAGAUGAUGGGAAGGUGGUAUUUGUUCCUUGGGUUGAAACAGAUUUCAGAACUGAUGAAGCUCCAUGGUGGGCUUAG